AUGGCGGCCUUCUCUUCCAGCAACGGCGUCCCGCCGGGGUUCCGGUUCCACCCCACCGACGAGGAGCUGCUGCUCUACUACCUCAAGAAGAAGGUCGGCUUCGAGAAGUUCGACCUCGAGGUCAUCCGCGAGGUCGACCUCAACAAGAUCGAGCCAUGGGAGCUCCAAGAGAGGUGCAGGAUCGGGUCGGCGCCGCAGAACGAGUGGUACUUCUUCAGCCACAAGGACCGCAAGUACCCGACGGGGUCGAGGACGAACCGCGCGACGACGGCCGGGUUCUGGAAGGCGACGGGGCGCGACAAGUGCAUCCGCACCAGCUACCGCAAGAUCGGCAUGCGCAAGACGCUCGUCUUCUACCGCGGCCGCGCCCCCCACGGCCAGAAGACCGACUGGAUCAUGCACGAGUACCGCCUCGAGGACGCCGACGACGCCCAGGGCGGCACCAGCGAGGACGGAUGGGUGGUGUGCCGGGUGUUCAAGAAGAAGUGCUUCUUCAAGAUCGGCGGCGGGGGAGGCGGCGGCGAGGGGAGCGGCGGGAGCCAGGGCGGGGACGUCGGAGGCCACCUGGCCGUCUCCUCGCCGCUGGGCGGGCACGACCAGGCCAGGGCGGCCAUGGCCGCCGCGUCGCACUACAUGCACCCGCACCAGUACCACCACCACCACGCCGCCUCCUCCUUCUACUACUCCCAGAUGCAGCCGGCGCCGGCGCCGCACGCCGCCUACUCGCACCACGUCCAGGUCCAGGACCUCCUCACCAACCACCGGCCGUCCGCCGCCGACGCCGCCGCCGGCUACGACUUCUCCGGCCUGCCCGUCGACCAGCACCCUGCAGGCCUCGACGUCGGCAGCAGCGACGGCGGCGUCGCGACCGCCGACGGGCUCGGGGGGGAAGGGAGGGACCAUGCGACGGCCGGGUCCGAGCAGCAGUGGCAGGCGAUGGACGGGUUCAGCAACGGCGCCGGCGCGGCGGUGCAGCAGCUGGGCGCCAUCACCUCCGGCCAACGAGACGCCGCCAUGGACUUGUGGGGUUACGGGAGGUAA